AGCCCCCUAGCGGGCCGGGGCCGCCGCGUCCCCCCCCGGCGGGCAUGGCCAGCCCCCGGGCGUCCACUACGUCGCCGCCGCCCUCUCCCUCCAACCUCAACAACAACAACAACCACCCGCCGCCGUCGUCGUCGCCGCCGUCGGGGGUGCGCAAGUGCGGCUACCUGCGCAAGCAGAAGCACGGCCACAAGCGUUUCUUCGUCCUCCUCGGGGGCCCGGCCCAGCCGGCCCGGCUGGAGUACUACGACAGCGAGAAGAAGUGGCGGAGCAAGGCGCCCAAAAGGGUCAUCUCCCUGGCCUCCUGCCUCAACGUGCACAAGAGGGCCGACGCCAAGCACAAGUACCUCAUCGCCCUGUACACGCGGGACGAGUACCUGGCCGUGGCGGCGGACGACGAGCGGGAGCAGGACGGCUGGUACCGGGCCCUGGCCGAGCUGAUGACGGAGGGGCAGGAGGAGGCCCGGGGGCUCCCCGGAGGAGGAGGCGCGUCCUCGCUGCCGGCCGGCUUCGCCCCCGACGACCCGCACUACCGCGAGGUGUGGCAGGUGACCGUGAAGCCCAAAGGCCUAGGCCAGGCCCGCCACCUGACCGGCGUCCACCGGCUGUGCCUGUCCGCCCGCACCGUGGGCUUCGUCCGCCUCAACCGGCGCCUGCCGUCGGUCACCCUGCAGCUGAUGAACAUCCGCCGGUGCGGCCACUCGGACAGCUUCUUCUUCAUCGAGGUGGGCCGCUCGGCCGCCACGGGCCCCGGCGAGCUGUGGAUGCAGGCGGACGACGCCGUGGUGGCCCAGAACAUCCACGAGACCAUCCUGGACGCCAUGAAGGCCCUCAAGGAGCCGGCCGGCUUCCGGCCCCGCAGCAAGAGCCAGUCGGCGGCCACGCGGCCCAUCUCCGUGCCGGCCGCCCGGCCGCCCCGUCGGGCGCGCCUCGAGGACCCGACGGCGGCGGCGGCGGCGGCGGCGGCCCGCAGGGCGCGGACGGCCAGCGAGGGCGACGGCGGGAAGGCCAAGGGCCUCCCCCCGACGGCGGGCAGCCCCGCCAGCCCCUCGCCGUCGAGCGUGUGGGCGGCCCACCCGUGCCCCCCGCCGACCUGCAGCGGCAGCGGCUCCCCGAGCGACCCGGGCUUCUCGUCCCUGGACGAGGACGCCCCCCGGUUGCCCCCCCCGGACUGGCCCGGGGGCUACGUGCGCAUGGAGCCCGCCCGGGGCCCCCGGCCGCGGACCUCGUCCCUGAGCGGCCCGGCCCGGCCGUGCCCGCCGCCGGCGCCGCCCUCCUCCGCCUCCCUGGACGAGCACGCCCUGAGCCGGCCGCCGGCGGGCCCCCCGACGGGGGACUGCGGCCCCGGGGGCGACGCCUCCUACGUGCCCAUGACCCCCGGCUCCGGGGCCCGGAGCCCCGCCAGCGUGUCCGCCCCGAGGCUCAUCGUGCGCGCCGCCGCCGCCGCCGCCGCCGUCCGGGGGCCCGGCUCGCCCCCGGGAGCGGGGGGCGACUACGUGAGGAUGUUCGGGGGGGCGGACGGCCCGGCGCUGCCCAACGGCGACUACCUCCCCAUGGCCCCCCGCCGCUGCGGCCCCUCGUCGUCCUCCUCGGGCUCCCUGCCCCGGCCCGACCGGGCCCCCGCCGACGGGGCCCAGUACGUCUUCAUGGGGUGGCCGGCGGACGCCCCGUCGCACCCGCCGCGGGCCUCGCCCCCCACGCGGCCCCGGCCCGUCCGGCCGACCCGGCUGGCCCUGGGGGAGCCCCGCACCGCCGGCCCCUACGUGAACAUCGACUUCGGGGAGGCCGCCGCCUCCCCGCCCGUCGACUACGUGAACCUGGGCUUCGGCUCCCCCGACGGCGGCUCGCCCUCCCCGCCGGGGGGAGACCCCGCGCCCGCCCUCGGCCGCCUGAGCCUCCGGGAGGGGCCGGGACCCCCCCCGGCGGGGCCCCCGCGCCGCCCCCCGACGGGGCCCCCGGACCCCCACCGCGGCGCCAGGGUGGUCCGCGCCGACCCCCAGGGCGGACGCCGCCGCCACAGCUCCGAGACCUUCUCGGCCCCCGCCGCCGCCGGAGCCCCGGCCUUCGCCCACCGCCCCAAGAGACACAACUCGGCCUCGGUGGACAACGUGUCCCCCCGGAAGGCCCCCGACGGGGCGGCCCCGGCCCCCUUCGACGGCCUCGACUAUCUGUCCCGGCGACUCAAGGCCAACGCCAACGCCGGCCCAGAUAUGCAUGAAAUAUCCAGGAAAGCCUCCUUCCCUUCAUGCUCCAAGGAGGCGACGUUUUCACCAUCGAUACCUACUGCUUGUAGUGCUUCCUGCACCGAAAAGGCACUGCUGUUUGACCCAAUGCCUUCAACCACCGUGACUGUAGUUGGAGGGGGGAAGUCUCAUUUGGCUGGCCAGAUCUGAAUCCCGCACUCGUCGGGCCGACGCAAGAAUUGGCUACAGAGUGAGAGAAACGGCUCACCUCACACGGCGGACUAGAACAUUAAAAGAAGCUGCUCAGCCUCUGUUGUUUUUAAUAUGAAGCUGCUGGAGAUUUUUUUUUAAGCUUAUUUUUCUGGUCUGGGCAAUUAGUUACCUUCUGAGACUCUUAAAGACUGUAUUUGUCAAGGAACCUCACCAGGUUCCCGUUUCUGGCUUCAAACAUCACGCUGCUGUUUCCGACAGAGUGAACCGAAGACCUUCUCUAGUGAUGGGUCCUGUAAUGCGGCUACUUUCCACCUUGGCCUCUGCCUUCGUUUCUCUUCUCUCUUUUUCCUAACCCAGACCGUAUUGAUCCCUCAGCACGCUAGGAGACUCAGAUACCCACGGAAGCAAUGAAAUCUGGUAUUUACUGGUACGCUCUCAAAACUACUACAGUCCUACCUCAGUUCAGAGUAAAGCCGGAUUCGUGUUGCCGGGGUACGACGCGGGGGACUGCCUUCGUCUGUUUGCUGGACGUCUCCGAAGAAGAACGACCAUCAGCCUUAUCGAACCCGCGAGGGGCGGUCCAGCUGCUUGUGGAAAGUAGACUCGUGAGCCGCCAGCAGUCCGCUCAUCAGGCGAAGCCCGGGCCCUGAAAAGUCUAAGCAGAGACGAAACUUGGGGUCGGCCUUCGGAAGCAGAGCCCGAAUACUUCGUAUAGUAACUGAAGGAGCAGCCGACCCGGCUUACGUUUCGGAUCUGAGGGAGGGGUCGGGUAUUAUUUUACCCAUUACGGACUCUGUACGUAGACUUUGAUGUCGGUACUUUAAACUGCAAAAGCCUCUCUACAAGCUCAACUUUUUCCGCCACCCCUUUGCCAGGAACUCGCGUUUCUCGUAACCAAAAAAAUCCACAAAGGCACGCUAGCAAUGCAGGAGUGACCACGGGAGUUGGGCAGAUGGAAACGUUAUCUUUAACAUUAUGCCACUGUGCCGGCCAUUCGGGCCCUGGUCACCAGAAGAGGUGUUCGGAGCCUCUGGCAUUACCGAAGGGAAAACAACACAACUCACAGUACUCCUCGCUAGACCGAUCAUGUUUUCUGUUUUCAGUAUUCUGAAACAAAACAGUAUUGUGAUAUUUCUCUCGUAUCACACAGAGCUGCUAUUCAAGGCCAGCAGAAUGGCACAAACCUCUGCCGCUCCUCUGACGAAGCUGGUCCAUCUCUUUCCCUCCUCCCGUGGAUCCGUCCACAGUGCCGGCCUUUUCCGACAGUCACGUGUGCGUUACGUUACAGCAAAGGUGUGUGUUUUGGUUUUGGGUUUUUUUGGAAAUUUUCCUCAUCAUGGAAAAAAAGAAGAAAUGUACAUCACUGUAAAAAUGCAUUGUACAAUUUGAUUUUUUUUUUUUUGGAGGAAGACAAAAGAAUUAAAUGUCUUAAAACCUAUUUAAUGGCAAUGCAACGUCUUCCUGCUUUCAUGCUGAACUUUCGGAACCGAGGAUUGUAUUACAAAGACAAAGAUGAAUGUAAAGUAAUCCCUCCCACCACCACCCCUGAACGUUUUUUUUAAAGUUUUACUAUUCAGACAUUUCACAAUGCAGCAAUGCACAAGACUGUACAAUGUUUGGUCAAAAGUCAGUUUCGGUGUAUAAAGUUGUCUUAAAGAUGUAAAAUAUUCUAAGAUAUUUUAUUUAGUUUUGGAAAUGAAAAUUACGGUUGAUAUUUGCUAUAUAACUCUCCAAGUUCAGUAGCACUGAAAGGUGGGACUUACCGAAUACAGGGUGUGGACUCCUGUUUGGAAAUAGUAACCCUCUUCCCCGAUGGUAACAUUAUACCAUUCUACCAAAUGGUUUAGAUUCCUACUGUGUCUUCACCAAGCAAGACAAAAAUGUGGCUAGCGUACUCAGACUUCCUCUCUCCUGUACGUUUCAGAAAAAGGCAUAUGCAAUAUUUCCCUGAUUAAUUUAGUUUACAGAAUGGAACCAAAAUGUAGAAAAUGUUAUGUUUGGUAAAACAUUACACUGUAUAUUGGAUCUUUGUACAUUUUGCCUGACUUCCCUUAAAUUGAAAAUAUUUUUUGCUAAAUGAACUUUAACGGUCAUGAAACAGUGUUUUCUUUUUGGGUACGUAUUGUUUCUGGUUAGCAAGAUGUUAAAUAUAUUUCUCGCUAUUGUGAUGACAAGAGACUUAACUUAUCUUACUCUGUCUUCCAAUGUACACGCUGUAUAUAAGGAUAAAUGUAAUGCUGCUGGAGACAAGAAUAAGUGGAACUAGAGUAGUGCAUUGUAUUUAGUCUGUAUUGAUCAUGGAUGCUCUCCUUAAUAGCCAUAUGCAAUAAAAUAACAUACAUUAUUUAUGACAGGAAUGAAGUCUUUGAGAACCUGUUUUCUGUAGACUUUCUGGUUUUCAAACCAUUCUACUCUUAUUCUUUUUAGGUGAAUGAAUAAAUAUGAUCAUUCUGCAAAUUA